GUUACAACUUUUGCCUUAAUUCUCUCUCCCUCUCUCUCGAGUAUUGAUGUUCUGUCUCAAUCUCUUGUUCCUCUAAUUCAUCCUCCUCCUUUCUUUCUUCGAAGCUACUUCUCCUGAUUUCGUAUUUGAUCCGUUAAUCCAAGCUUGGAGACAUUCCGAUUUAUAUAACCACAUCGACAUAGAUCCUGAGAUUUUGAGGAUAGAGAGAGAAGCAGAGUAAUGGCGAAUAGAGAUGUGGAGAGAGGAGGGAAGAAUAACAGAGGAGCUAAUAACACCAACAACAACAACUAUUUCUACGAUGAGACUUCCCACGAAACUCAUUGGACUUCGUGGCUGAUUCCGGCGAUUGUAGUGGCGAAUCUCGCCAUAUUUGUCGCCGUUAUGUUCGUCAAUGAUUGUCCUAAGAAAAUCACCGGAGCUAACAAAGCUUGCGUCGCUAAAUUUCUCGGAAGGUUCUCGUUUCAGCCACUUCGAGAGAAUCCUCUCUUUGGCCCAUCUUCUUCAACAUUGGAGAAAAUGGGAGCUUUGGAAUGGAGGAAAGUAGUACAUGAGCAUCAAGGAUGGAGACUUCUCAGUUGUAUGUGGCUACACGCCGGUAUAAUUCAUCUUCUUACCAAUAUGUUGAGUUUGAUCUUCAUCGGUAUCCGCCUUGAACAGCAGUUUGGCUUCAUAAGAGUCGGGCUUAUCUACUUAAUAUCGGGUUUCGGUGGAAGCAUACUCUCGUCUCUUUUCCUUCAAGAAAGUAUCUCUGUUGGUGCCUCUGGUGCUCUCUUUGGACUUCUUGGUGCAAUGUUAUCUGAACUUCUCACCAAUUGGACUAUCUAUGCCAACAAGGCAGCUGCUCUGAUCACACUCUUAUUCAUCAUAGCAAUCAACUUAGGACUAGGAUUGCUUCCUCGGGUUGAUAAUUUCGCGCACAUUGGAGGGUUUUUAACCGGAUUCUGCCUCGGGUUUGUCCUUCUUCUCCGACCACAAUACGGUUGGGAAGCUUCCCGCACCAGCACUUCCCGUACCAAACGCAAGCAUAGCAUGUACCAGUACGUGCUGUUUGUAGUCGCAGCGGUGUUACUUGUUGUUGGGUUAACAGUUGGAUUAGUGAUGCUUUUCAAAGGAGAGAAUGGCAAUAAACAUUGCAAAUGGUGUCAUAGGCUCAGCUGUUUCCCUACUUCUAAAUGGAGCUGCUAAUCAUCAUCAUCAUCAUCAUCAUCAUACUGUAAAAGCUUUUAAUGUGUGUUCUUGUAACGUUUAAUCUCGUUGUUCCUUUUGCCUUUGAUAUCUCUUUAGCCUUUUAUAACUUACAUGUACAUUACUGAAUUCGUCUUGUGUAAAAAAGGGAAAGAAACAAAAGAGUGUAUUACAUUUGAAAAUAAAUAAAUCACACCUUGUCAACUCU